GGCGAGUAUUGUCAAUUACCUAUACCCUCGCAGAAAAAUGAUACACGCAAACAUAAUUCAACUUUAUAACAUCACAACAAAUACAUUUAUCUUAAUGUGAUCGCUCCAUUAUUAAUGUAAAUAUUGUAAGUGCAGUUGAAAGGAAUUUCGUGAGUAAGGAUACGUUUAAUACAAUGAGCGUCAAGUCUGCCAAGUACCCGGCCACCAUUAAACCAGAGGACCAGGUCCAGGAUAGGGUUGACCCUGCCCAGCUUACAGAGGAGCAGAUAGCAGAGUUGAAAGAGGCGUUUGGCUUGUUUGACAAGGACGGUGACGGCGAUAUAUCGACGAAGGAGCUAGGCACAGUGAUGAGGUCCCUUGGACAGAACCCCUCCGACCAGGAGCUUGAGGACAUGGUCCGGGAGGUCGACAUUGACGGUAACGGAACUAUCGACUUUGACGAGUUUCUGCAGAUGAUGUCGCGGAAGAUGAAGGAGACGGAUACCGAGGAGGAGAUACGAGAGGCUUUCAAAAUAUUCGACAAGGAUGGCAACGGGCUCAUCUCGCCUGGAGAGUUGCGGGGCGUGAUGGGUAACCUCGGUGAGAAGUUGACGGACGAGGAGGUGGAAGAAAUGAUCAAAGAGGCGGAUUUAGACGGAGACGGCAUGAUCAACUACGAAGAGUUCGUAAAGAUGAUGACAAAAUGACCAAGAAGCAGAUAUGUGAUGCCAGUUUUUCAUUGUCCCUCACCGGUGCUGUGUGUCCGUCCGUCCGUGUAUGUGUGUGUAAACUAAUUCUGAAUACGUGCAUGUGACCAUGACUGCUGGAGUUACAGCUUCAUAAUGCACCGGAUAGGGUGUGUGCGUUAUCUGAGAAUCAUCAUUGUUCACGCUAGGAUCUAUUGUCUGUCAUUAUAAUGUAUGCCCGUGGCGUCAUUUGAUUAGUGAGGCCAUAUAUUAUGUCUCAUCAAAAAUCACCAAAUCGGAACAUGACAAAAAAUAUGCAUGUAUAUGAAAGCACCAACAGCAGAUUUACACAAUUUCACAGAGAAAAACGUAUUUACAUGUAUUUUAUUACCGUUUUCAAUGCUGAUAAAAUAACAUACAUCGGUGCAAAAGAAAGCGUGUACUAGUAAAUAUGCAUAUACGUAUUUAUUUUGCAACGAUUUGGAUACGUACGUUAUAUUGUGAUUGACUAGUAAUAAAUUGUUUGUUUACAUA